AUGUCCACAAUGAAUCCCGAAUAGUAGGUGUAGAUUGUGCUAUCUUCGCAGUUUCCCUCUGGCAGGGUUUCGAGUUUAACCACGGAUGAUUCUACGUGUCAUUUGGAAUUUUUCUCUUACGGAACGUAUUUCUGCUCUGUUUUGUCCACAGUGAUUACUUGUUCAAGCUUCUACUUAUCGGAGACUCCGGUGUCGGAAAAUCAUGCUUGUUACUCCGGUUCGCGGUUGGUAUUCGCAUUUUCAUGUUCUUUUUACUAGACGUAUUGCCUAAUAUGUUGGAUUUCGAUCGUCAUCAGUAUCUCGCCGGCCACCGGUGCUGCUUUUUAGCCGAAUCGAUGUUAACCUCUCUUAUUUAACCCACCUCAACAGGAUGACACUUACACGGAAAGCUACAUCAGUACAAUUGGGGUCGACUUCGUAAGUUUUAUGAGCCAAUGUUUAGCUGUUAUUUUAUCGAUUAACUACAGCUAGCCACCGCGGAUGGCUUAAGAUGGAUACGUAAUGAUUCAUUUUGCUUUCAUUGUUUUAUUUUUGUCCACAUUUAGAAAAUACGAACCAUAGAAUUGGACGGCAAGACGAUAAAGCUGCAAAUUGUAAGUACACACCAAAUUUUACUUGCUCUGCAUUAGAUUUAUUAACUUUGAAAUAAAUACGAAUUUUGAACACAUCGAUUGGCUAGAGAAUCGCGAAAGUGUGGCCAUUACGUCGUUCAAAACGCAGUGUACUUUGAUCAAGAGUUAAUGGCGAUAUUUUCAUACAGCUAAAUUGAAUAUGAUUGGAUUUGUUUCUGUAGUGGGAUACGGCGGGCCAAGAGAGAUUCCGAACCAUCACAUCUAGCUACUACCGGGGAGCUCACGGGAUUAUAGUCGUUUAUGAUGUUACAGACCAGGUAGGUUGACAAAUGUAUUGCUCUUAAUGACUUUCUAAAGUUGAACAAUGUACACUUGACUUAUUGUUUCUUGUCUGUAAGAUCUAACAUAUUGUUCGGAGGUAUUGAACUUUGGUUUGUACGGGAUUUGCAGCCGCAAAUAUGUACACAUUCACGAAAAGUUACGGCAAAAUGUCGUUGGCGUUUACACUUGCUGAGUCAUUUUAUCAAAAUGCCAAGUUUCUGCAAUAUUCCUGUGAACUGCAGUAUAGCAUGGUAUUUGGAUUUAGAAAAGGGACAUUUGCCUACUCAGUUUACCAAGUCCUUUCGGUAGUAAAACAUAAUAAAGCUUCUGGCCAUCAGCUGUUUAAAACCAAAGAAAAGUUAUUUUGAAAAUGUAAAUAGCUUUCCAGUGGUUUGUGGUUCUCAAUGAAUUUUAUAAUUAGCUUUGUCUGCAGCUUUUAAUCUAAUUCCUUUUAUUGUCAGACCACUUUGUUUGCAAACAUUUUUUGGUUUGAAUCAACUUACACAUCUGUUAGAAGGAACACCAAUACUUGUGCAAUAAUUUCAGUAACUGAAAAAGACCAACCAUUUGAUUUCUAGAUGGGAAUUUGUUAGUUUUUUUGGGGCAUCAUCUUCUUGGAUGGGCAGAAUUGAUGCAAAUAACUAUGGUAACAUCCAACUCAAAUGUCAAAUGACUUUUGAAAACCUGUAACUAAGACGCAUCAAUAAUUUGAAACUUCAGUUGUUACUUAAAGUUUUUACAGACCAACAUUUGAGAACAACCUUGCACCAAGCAUCAGCAUCAGCCCUUUGUCUGCUUGAAACAUCAGCUAUAGGAUUUUUGUUUAUUGUGGCCAAUUUACAUUAUCAACUCAAUUAAUAAAUAAAAGCAAACUAUCUCUGGACUAUCAGGUGUUUAGAAGAGCAUUCAAAUCCACACUGGUCUGAAAUGUUGAUUAUGAGAGGAAACAUGAAAAAUGUGUGGAAAGAUCAAAAUAAAACUGAAAAAACUAGAACAAUAAGGUGUAUUGCUUUCGAGAGAGUCACCUUUGUUAGGCAACAGAAGCUUGCAGUUGAUAAAUUUGUGUGGGCGGAAAGUUUUUCAUAAUUAUUCGACACAAGAGUCUUGAUACAUGCUUUGUCAUUUCUGACAUGUUUACCUACCCAUGAAAACCGUUAAACUUUGAUAAGGUCAAAAGAUCUAUAUGGCAUGAAGACCUUUAAAGAGUCUUUAAAGAGUAGUGUAGUCUUUAAAGAUUAGUGUUCUCAUUACUACUCAAGGCUAUUGUUUAUUGUGAUUGAUUUAUCUGUUUGCUUUCUGUAUGAAUUUUUGAUAUUUUGUCUUGUCGUAUUGCAGGAGUCCUUUAACAAUGUCAAGCAAUGGCUACAAGAAAUUGACCGAUAUGCUUGUGAAAAUGUAAAUAAACUACUCGUUGGGAACAAGUGUGAUCUCACAACAAAGAAAGUAGUGGACUACACAACUGCAAAGGUAUCAUUGUAAAAUUCUGAAAAGUCUAACUAUAGGCAAAGAGGAAGUUCCCCCUUAAGUCAAUUUAGAAUGCUGCUUCUUUUGCAUGCUCCCCUCCUGCAUUGCUCUUUCAAGUUUUAAUAUAACGUUCAGACCAGUGGCUAUCAGGUUAUUGUCAAUAUAAGAGACUCUGGUUCUACCUCUAUUUGUUGCUUCCUUGGUUUUCAGGACUAAAACUGUUGCUUAAACAGUGACACUAAAAGUGCGGUGAGAAGAGUUGUUAAGAUAGCAGAUUCUUUAUUAUUCUGGAUAAGCAUUGUAUUUUGUAUUGAAGUUUCCAAAAGUCUAUGACUGUUGGUUACCCUUCAAUAUUUCAGCUUGUUUUCCUCGCUAAAAAAAGUCUCUUGGAUCAGAGGAGUCUUGUCAAAACUGUUGCAAUCAUAUAGAGAUGAAGGCAGAGGUUGACUCGUGUGAACAUAGCAGUAGUCAAUGUGUUAGUUUCAAUGUCUUUAGCUUUGAGGAGGGAAGUCUGAAUGCUUUUGACAAAUUUUUAGAAAAACAAGCUUUCCUAUACACUAAGAGAGAAUGUAGACAGUGGGUUGUUGAUGUAAAUUGUGUCUGUUCCUUUUUACUCUACAGGAAUAUGCAGACUCGCUUGCGAUUCCUUUCUUGGAAACAAGUGCAAAGAAUGCAACAAAUGUUGAGCAAGCCUUUAUGACAAUGGCUGCAGAAAUAAAGAAUCGAAUGGGCCCAGCACCAGCUCAACCUGGAACUAGUAAUGUCAAAAUCAAUUCUAGUACACCAGUCAAGUCCAGUGGUGGAGGAUGUUGUUAGUAAAUAGUCACAAAAACAAAAAAAAACAUUGGAUGCAAACCACUUGGUUUGAGUUACUUAAUACUUCUGAAAAAUAAUGAUAAGAACCUCUCCCAUUUUAUACAUCUUUUCAGCUUUCAAAUUACGCAGACUUUUCGUCAUGGGAAAGGGUCUAUAAGUGGGAGUCCAGAUGAUUAAAAUGUUGAUGGUCACUGCAAUCUUACAUCAUGACAUUAUGGUGCAGCAUAUAUUAGAUGCAAAAUUUCAGAUUGUCUUUUUUUCUUUCUAUUAUUGCUUCAAUUUAAUAAUCCUUUUGGUUUUGUUUUUUUUUGUUUUUUGUUUUUUUGAAACUCCGAUGUAGUUUUGGAUUUACUAAAGAGCAAACUGGUACCAAAGCAUUGUAUGUUAAUUGAUAACACUGGUUAGGUGUGUACAAUAGAAUUUGCUGUAUCACAAAUAAAAAAUAAAGUAUUGUUGAAUUUAUAGAGUGUUGAUUUAGGUCACACUUGUUUAAGAAGACUUUUGCAAAAUAUAAUUCAACUUUAUUUAUAUGAAUAUCUUGAAUUCCCAGAGCAUCCAUCAUGAUCAUUAACAGUCUGCAGUAAGAGUCUUGGUAGAUUUUUUUGUGUAUUGAAGAAUUGUUUCUGUAAGGGUAGGAUGCAUAGUUUUAUAAGGAGUUUGGUACUAUUAAAAGAAAAAUUCAUUCAAAUCAUUUUGUAAUUUGUGAAACAUGCUAUCUUAUGCAAAGUUCCUACAUACUUAAAGUAGAAUUUUAUCCUUGGUAGCUAGUUAUGUGUUUUACAAUCAUUUACGUUACCAAAACCACAAGUUGAGUUCCACUAAAUUGAAUAUGUAUUAUCAAUUUGGAUGUUGGGUUUGCACCAGUGAUGAAAGGUAAUCAUUUUGAAAUCAAUUUUGAGUACGUUCAUGGUAAAACUAGCCAGUAAAAUAGUCAACAAAGUUACACGGAAACUCAGGAAUAUUGUGUCUAUUAAAAGUUCCAGCUUGGCAUAGUGUACAAGAAAACUAAGGUCUGAUCAGUUUAUCCUUUUUUUAAGAUUCUGUGAUGCUUUUGCCAUUGAAUUCCUUGGAGAUUUAAAAGUAAAUAAUCAUCAAGGAACUGGUCUGAAAUGACAGCUAAAGAAACAGAAAUUGACAGAAUGGAUUUUUCGUUUGGGAGACCAAAGUUAUCAAUUGUGCAUCUGAUAACUAAGUUACAAACCUAAUGAAAGGACAUUCAUGGAAUGUGAUAAUUCAACUUAGAAAUUCUCAUUUUGUGUGUUCAUGAAAAACUUUCCUGCCUGGAAAUAACUUUUAAAUCCUUGUGUAUCUUUCUGGGAAUGACCUUUCUGGCUAGGAUUCACCUUGAGAGUGUGCUGAGUGAAAGUUGCAGUUCCCAAAUGUAAUUACUAACAAGCAUAAGAUUAAUGUUGUUUUGUUGUAAUUAGAGAUAUCUGAUCAAAUAAAAAUGUGAGUAUAAAAAGCCUACC